CGUCCCUCUGCCAGCUACCAGCCCAUUACCCAGCUCACCCCUUUGUGCAUGAAGACUCGGUUGACAUCCUCCGGCCAUCGCUCGGUCAUUCAUGAUCAUCGCCCCCGAUUCUCGACUGCAACGGCGGGGCGGCCCUCGUGCGUCUUCGGAAUGAGCUCCGCUCCUGAUUUGCGGGGUUUCCGCGCUUGUCUCAUAAAGAGCUCGGAAAAGGUCAGCUGGAGCACAAAGGAUUCCAGCAAUUUGAUAUUGGCAUUGUCUCGGGCCUCCUGAAAAGGGGCAACAGUUCUCGUCGACCACGUUAGCCACCUGCUUGGUGGUGGUCCUCUACACCUUCACUGGUCGGCAAAACGUUUAGCAGUGCGGACGAGGCUUGGGCUUGCGGUGGCCGAACUACCACCGCUGCAACAAGCAGAAACAGGGUCCAGAGCAGACGGCCCAUUUCAUCCUUGCAUCUAACAGCCUCCAUCUUGCGCGUCCCGGGUGACCAAACUCCACCCCCAGAUUCCACUAGUCGCCGGGUAGUCUGAUCAGCUUGCUCUCGACUAGGACCAGGGGAAGCGUCAAGGAAGAAAACGGAGCAGCAGUAUCCAGCCCGAACUUAUCGUACGACCCAUUCAAUACGAAAGCAAAACCAAUCUAGUCAAGAUGUCUGAGAAACCCAAGUACAAGUACACCUUGUACAGCUACUUCCGCAGCUCCUGCUCCGCUCGGAUUCGCAUUGCAGCCAAUCUAAAGAACAUCCCGCUCGAGUACAAAUAUAUCCACUUGGUCAAGGGCGAACAGCAUGGUAAGGACUAUGUUGCGUUGAAUCCAAGUGAGUCUGUGCCUACCUUGAUUGUGAAUGAUCUGGAAACGGGCGACGAAGUUACCAGAAUCAGACAGUCGGUGGCCAUCCUGGAAUUCUUCGAGGAGGUGGAACAACGAAAUGGGGUGAAGCUCUUACCUGGCCCAGAUGAUCAAGUGGGAAGAGCCAGAGUCAGAGAGCUGGUGAACAUUGUGGCUUGUGAUGUUCAGCCUGUCACGAAUUUGCGAGUGUUGAAUUUCAUCAAACCUCUCAACAUCGAGGCCAAGCAGUGGCAGCAGCAUUUCAUGACGCUGGGGUUCCGGGCAUAUGAGGGAUUGGUCAAGGUCUAUGGUGGCAAGUAUAGUGUUGGUGAUACGGUGACCAUGGCAGACUGCUCCCUUGCUCCGGCCAUAGAUGGAGCUCUCAGGUUUGGCGUGGAUGUCCAAGGCCAAUUUCCACACAUUUGGGGAGUCUGGGAGGAGAUUAAGCAGCUGGAUGCGUUCAAAAAUGGGAGGUGGGAUAACCAAGAAGACACCCCGGAGGAGUUGAGGUCCAACGUGUAGCCAGAGAUAUAUGCCAUGCACCGAGUCGGAGGGAGAUUGCUGUUGUUGUCCCUUUGGAUACACUUCGAAGUCAAUCUGCGACAGUGUAGGAACUACACCAAACAUAUCUAAAUCACCAGUCAUGCUAUUGGAGGCUGAUCU